UUAACGUUUCAGGUCUGGUGAAUCUUCCUUUGAACUUCCUGCAGCAACUUUGUUUCUGUUCAUGCAUUACGUAAGGUUUUUUUGAACAGUUUCGUUUUCCUGAGUGUACUUAACUGCAGCCAAAAGCCAGACACUGUGCUCAGCAACGUCACUACUUUGACAUCCAGGAUUAGUCAGUCAGCAGACAAGAAAAACCGAAGGGUUGCUGAAUACCGUACAGUGGAGAAUCCGGGUGACUUGGUGCAAACUGUCCCUGCUGGAAUUAAUACAGGAGUGGGGAGUUGGAAAGGGACAAUCGAGGACAGGGGUGGUCUGAGCCUACUAGUGACAUUCGCAUUGAGAAAGAGGGCUGACAGGAGCACCUGGGAGCUGACUGAGAAACCCCACGGAGAGCUGGCCACAACCCUCCACCAUGCACAGGAGGGGUAAGGCUGCACGACAUCAGGGUCACAAGGAGGCGAGGGGCUGUUCCGAUAUGGAAACCAGUCUCAGCCUCAGUGAAGAAGACAGUCCAGAUGAGGAUGAGACAGAAGACUUGGACGAGGAUGCGGCUGUGGAGAAGAAAUGGAAUGACCUCAAGCAGUUGAGUGACGCCACGGAGGAGGCAAGGUUGGAGAAGCUGCUGCUGAAGGUCACGACUGGUUCAGCUAAAGAAGGAGUAUCGAAACAUCAGAAGACCUUACAAUUUUUGUCACAGUUACUGCUCAUCAGCUUUACAAAAAGCCAGAAAGUGAGCUUACUCCGUGACUUUGUGGAGUCCGAGUUCUUUGUCAUUGAUGGCGACUCCUUAAUGAUGACAUACGUCCAUGAGACGACUCUUGUCCCUGGACAGAAUUUGCACUUCUUUUACCUGGUGGAGAAUUUCUUGUUUGACUUGACAGAGAAGAAGGCGAAGUUUGUCAUUAUAUUCUUUGAGGAUGCUGAAAGUAUAUGGAACCAAAGUCCCCUUUACCUCUCUGUAAGGACUGCACUGAUCCUCCAUCUACAGCACAACACCAAAGUCCCAGUCCUUACAAAUUUCUCUAACUGCUUUGAUCCAAAGUGGAAACAGUUCUUGAAUGAGAACCAUCCUUAUUUCGUGAUGAUCUCCGACAAAGCUUUUACCAACAGUUGGAGUGGGCAAUACGCAUCUGGAAUGUUCCACAUCUUCAUGUUCCACACACUGGGGAACAAAAUAAACAUUGUCCUGUCUUCUGGAAUGAGCUGGGACAUUCUCCGAGUUUAUGCAUAUCACAUUUGCAGCAAGUCAAUCAUGAGGUCAAAGUUCAAGAGGUAUGAAGUAGAUUUAAAAGUUACUCAUGAAUGGCUGGUGAAAGUUGCUCCUUCCAUUUACAAUCAAGUGUUUCUUACCCCGAAUAAAGAAAAACUGGCAAAACAAAUGCAGAAAGAGAUUCAGCACAGCUUCUCCAAGCUGAAGGAUUUAUGGCCCCAGGGAUCGGACAUCAGCAGAAUUCUUUGUGUUAUGUCCUGCUCAGUGGCUCUGAAGAUGUACGCUCAUGAGUUGGUGAUGUUUGGACUUCCUACCAAAAGUGGUGAAGGUGCAAAAACUCAGGAGGAAAGAUGCAGUGAACAGGCAAUUCAGUCUGCAGCAGAUAUAUGCAGAAUGUACUGCCUCCAUGUGGCACUUCUACGUAAUCUACCAUUAUCCAACAGAGCCCUCAAAAACGAUGCUCCGUGGACGGAUUUUGCUCGUCGCUUCCUAUUGCUGAGAAGGACAGCAGAGUAUUUCAUCCUGAAAAAACUGCAGGUCACUGGAUGGAAAAUUGACAUGACUUAUCUGAGUGAUCUGAAUGAUGGCUGUCUGUUGAGGACUGUCGCAAAACUGUGCUCUGAAAAACCACGUUGUACAGACACAGAGCACCAGUUAGGCAGCAAAAUUGGAGAUGAAUACAAACACAUCUGGGAAACAUUUGCUAAGGCUUCACCUGAACUCAAUGUAGGACAUGCUUUCCCAGUGACAUGUACCUCAAUGAUAUUUCUGAAACCAGCAGAGCCUGAAGCUGCAUCCAGGCAGAAGAUUCCAGCCAUUGGGUUAAUACCAAUGAAGUCAACGUUAGUUGAAGAAUUUAUUGGGGAUUUAUUGGAACAAUUGCCACAACUCAACAGUGAGGACCUGGAACAUGAACCACAAGAAAAGCUGAAAGAGUUUGAUGAGGUUUUACAUUGGCAUUCCAGAAAACACAUUGUAUCUACUCUCAAAGACCAUUAUGAGAGCAUGAAGGAAGCAAUGAGAGAUCCAAAGGAAUGGAGAAAGUUGUUACGCCAUCAGCAAAAGCUUGUGGCGUUUGAGAGAUUUUAUGCCGAAUCCCUGGAUGAAAACGCAGUAGUGACUAUUGUCACCAGCCCGUCAGUGGCCACCAGUGACUCAGCAAAACAGCAACAUCAGCCAAGAAAGGGUAAAAGCGGCAAAUCAGCGAAGAAGAAAAGUUCUGAACUCAUCAUUGAAGCUCAGGGGAAGAAGAAGAAGGAAGAAGAGGAGAGAAAGGCACAGGAACGCUGGAGCUCAUUGCAAGACUCAAUUCAGUGGGAACUGAGCAAUGAUAUCGACAGAGGGAUCAAAUCUCUGGAGAAGUUCCUGCUAAACUGUGCCAGCGACAAUGUGAAAGUAACUGCUGAGAUGGAGGCGAGUAAAUACUGCUAUAAGGCUUGGGUCGAACACUGCAGAUCUAAAGGUGCUUCAAGAGAUGUGAAAAUCGCAGUGCUUUUGAUGCGAAGAAUUCACAGUAUUCUGAACAGGCAUGAGGUUCAGCUGAGCCCUGCAGUACUCAAUGAAUUGGCACGUUAUCUCAAAAAUCUGGGAUUCCUGAACCUAAGAGAUACAGUUCUGCAGAUGAUAGACCCAGAACAGAAACAAGAAACGAAAAUUAAAUCGACGAAAGAUCCCAAGUUUCCAGUCGGUGUCGGAGCAGCCCGUUUCCAGCUACAACAUAUGGGUCCUUAUCUAUUCCGGGAGGAAAGGAAAGAUCCUGAUCCGAGGGUUCGGCAUUUUAUACCGGAUUCAUGGCAGAGGGAGCUGUUAGAUGCUGUGGACAACAAUGAAUCUGCUGUGAUUGUAGCUCCAACGUCAUCAGGGAAAACUUACGCAUCUUACUACUGUAUGGAAAAAGUGCUGAGGGGCAGUGACACUGGCAUUUUGGUGUAUGUUUCACCUACCAAGGCCCUUGUCAACCAAGUGGUGGCAACUGUCUAUGGAAGAUUUACCAAAUCAUUACCAAAUGGUAUGGUGGUGUGUGGAUAUUUCACAAGAGACUAUCACCAACACAUUCAUGAGUGCCAGAUCCUCGUAACAGUCCCGCAGUGUCUAGAAAUUCUCCUGCUGUCUCCUCAUCUACAGGAUUGGGUUAACAGGAUUCAAUAUGUCAUCUUUGAUGAGGUUCACUGUUUGGGUGGAGAGAUUGGUGCUGAAGUCUGGGAACAUCUGUUGGCCUUAAUCCGUUGCCCUUUUCUGGCUUUGUCCGCGACAAUCAGCAAUCCAGAAGACUUGACUCAGUGGCUGCGGUCUGUGAAAAUGUACUGGCAAAGGGUAGAAAACAACUCAAACAUACCUGCUUCAACAAAAGUGCCUCAGAAAAGUAAAAAAAGCCAGAAGACUGAAGUUCCCAAAAGCAGACAGUCCUUCAAAGUGAGACUAGUGACUUAUGAGGAGCGAUACAAUGACCUUGAAAAAUUUCUCUGUGACUUCAAGAACAAUGAAUGCAAGUUAAUUCCCUACCAUCCCUGUGCUGCUUUAACAGUAAAUCACAUUCAAGAUUAUGGAAUUCCAUCAGACCUUGCACUUACACCAUCUGAAUGCCUCAGGUUCUAUGAUGCCAUGGUCUUUGUUUUCCCUAAGUGGCCCAGAGCCCAGGAAUUUGAACCCGAGGAGUACAAGUCAUUCAAGAACAAAGUCAUCGUCAGGAAGAGCGAUGUGAGGGAAUACGAAGCUGACCUGAAGAAAGAAUUUGUAGGAUGGUUGAAAGCAGGAUGGAAAGACAAAGUGGAAGGUGUGUUGCUUUUACUGAACCCGGAAGCUGAAAGGACAUUUCAGGACAGUGAGAAGAGAAACUUUCCACUUCUGGUUGAAACACUGCAAAAGAUGGAUUUGUUACCUGCUUUAUUUUUUGCAUUUGACAUUGAAUUGGUUGAGAGUUUUGCUGGUGAGCUGCUGAUGCAUUUGUUAGAAAAGGAGAAGAGCAAAAAGAAUUCAAAUGACAUGAAGGAGAAACAGAAAUUGGAAAACAAACUGCGGAAGCUGUCGAAACACCUGGAGAAAGAAGAUACCUCGACUAACCUCACCAGAAAGCAAAGUGAGCAACUCAUACUUUACCGUACUGAAUACGACACGUUAGAGCAAAAAUACCGGAAACUUUGUGAGCUGCCUCCCGGCUGUACUUUUGCAGAGACUUCAACGGCAGAUGAACAGUUCCGGAAUAAGAUCUUCUUCCGUAUGCAGAAAGCAAACCUUUCUAGGUACUUUCAGGCAAUGUUUUUCCGGGCAAUUGGUUGUCAUCAUGCUUCCCUGAAUAACCGGGUCAAACAAACUGUCGAGAUGUUGUUCAGGCGAGGCUAUAUCAAGGUGGUUAGUUCCACAUCAACACUUGCUUUGGGAAUUAAUAUGCCAUGCAAGACAACUGUCUUUCUUCAAGAUUCAGUGCACCUGGAUUCCCUCAGUUACAGGCAGAUGUCAGGAAGAGCCGGGCGUCGUGGUAUGGAUAAUCUUGGGAACGUUAUUUUCCUGAACGUGCCUUUGCCUAAAGUGCAACGACUGAUAAAAGCUAAUGUCCCUCAACUGAAGGGCCAGUUCCCCCUGAACAUAACCUUUGUACUCCGCCUCUUGUUAUUAGCAGCUAGGGCCGAUGACAAGAUUGAUGCUCAGGCCAAGGUACUUUCAGUCCUACAACAUUCCAUGAUGGCCUUCAAUCAACCCAAAAAGCAGAACAUUGUUAAAUUCUACUUCCUGUUCUCUCUGCAGUUUCUGCUCAGAGAAGGCUAUCUGGACCGAGAGGGUCAGCCUCAGGGAUUUGCAGGCCUGGUGAUGCACAUACAUUAUCAUGAACCAGCCAACUUUGUCUUCAUCCAUUUCCUGGUGGAAGGUCUGCUGCACAAAAUCUGUCAGCCUCUGAAAAGAAAAUCAAAGCUGUUUUCAGAGGACGUGAUGGAGACCUUAGUUCUCAUACUUGCAAACCUAUUUGGAAGGAGAUAUCUACCACCCUGUUUAGAAGAAGCGAAGCUUACUUUUGAUCAGUCAAAGGUAUUUCUUGAUGAUCUUCCUGACAAGUUUGCAGCCUCGGUUCAAGAAUACAACAAGACAGCACAAGCACUGUUUGGGAAAUUCCUACUCUCCACCUCCAAUCAGGCCAGCUUGGAAGAUGAAUACAAGCUUCCUCUCUCAGGCACAUCGUUUAUGGGUCCCAAGUUACGUGAAGCUAGUGCCAUCACUAGGAAGUUGGGCAAAGCUGUAAAAUGUUCAGCAGUGUCACCAUUCGCCUGCUUAUCUGGACACAGUGACCUUGACCUAUUCGUAAAGAAUGAUAUUGAUCCAAUUAUUUUACGCACUCUUGGAAUUCAUGCAAGCAAUAUCCCUGUUCUGCAACUGAAGUGCUUUGACAGGCAAGGCAGGAGAAUGCCCCUGAACGCCUAUGCCCUUGACUUCUACAAGCAUGGCUGUUUGGACGCUUUACACCUCGACAAUGGGUUAAAUAGAGGAGAUGCCUUCAAUCUGAUCAAAGAUUUCACGUUGGUAAUUGCUACAAUCAGCACUUCUCUGGAAGACCUGUGCGAUAAUGAAGAUGACCCUGUCGUAUUGGCAUUCCAACAACUUCACAGAAACUACAGAUCCAAGUUUGAGAAUGUUUGGAGCUAAUAUCCCUGACGUCAGAAGUUUUGACCUUAACAACAGUGAACACUGUGCUCGGGAUUUCAGUUCUGCUGUUGGGGAAAAAAAAUUUAAAUAUGCUUUGGAACUCAGCUCUUGAUUGUUCGCAGCUAAAGCCCUGGUGAUUUUUUUUUUCAUUUGAUCAACUUGAAGUGAAAAUGAAUGCUUUACUGCUGUCAUAAAUCCCAAAACAUAACAAAGCUGCUCCGUGAGCACCCCAGGGAAUUCUCACGAGGACUUGACAGCAGUAACACGUCUUCUUGGAAUCUAGUGAUGUCAAUUUUAGGGAUUAAUCGUGUGGAAAGAUGAGGUGAUACAUUUCGGAAGGAGGAAUAAGACAAGGGAGUACAUGUUGCAUACAUGGUACAGAGAGUCAAAGAGAGCUUGGAAUAAGUGCCCGCAGAUUUCAGAAAGCUCAAGGACAGGUGGAUAAGGUGGUUAACAUGGCAGAUGGGAUACUUUCCUUUAUUAUUCAAGGCACUGGAUACAAAAACAGGGACAUUACGAGCUGUAUGAGACAGUGGUUGGGCCACAGCUGGAGUACUGCGUCCAGUUCCAGUGACCAGACUACAGGAAGGAUGUAAUUGCAUUGGAGGGGGUGCAGAGGAGGUAUAUGUGAAGAAGGAUCACUGGACCUGAAACGUUAACUCUGAUUUCUCUCCACAGAUGCUGCCAGACCUGCUGAGCUUUCCCAGCAAUCUCUGCUUUUGUUUCUGAUAUACAGCAUCUGCAGUUCUUUCCGUUUUUAGAUGUUAUCCAGAUGCAAUGGCUCAAUGAUGAGGCAAGACUUAAUACACUGGCUGUUUCCCUUGGAGCAGAGAAGGUUGUGGGGUAGGCUGGGGUGUACACAGUUAUGAGCGGCGUAGAUAGGGAGACACUUUGCCUGUCAGUGGAGGGAUCAACAACUGGGGGCACAGCUUUAAAGCAUGGAGCAAGAGUUUUAGUCAGGGUUUGAGAAUACCCAGAAGGUUAUGGCUAUCUGAAAUUCACUGUCGAAAAAGUUGGUAGAGGUGGGAGCCCUCAAACUUAAGAAUUAUUUAGCUGAGCACUUGAAACACCACAGCAUUCAAGGGUAGAAAAUGUGCUGGAAAAUGUCUUCAGAAUUGAUUGAUAUUUGAUGACCAGAACUAUCACAAUGGGCUGAAGGGCCCCUUUCCACACUGAAAAACUCUGUGACUCUAUGACUUUUCAAAUACCUUUUGUAUCUCUUAUAUUUUGGUAACUUCUUCUCUGAAACUUGACAUGUGCACUGGAAGCGCAGACU